AUGCCCCUGCCAAAUCAGGGUCACGUAGGGCAGGCCUCACAAGAAUGCAUCCAGGAUGAGGACCGUGAUACCAUUCUGCAGCAUGAGUUUCAAAAUUAUGUUUUGGCCAUUUUGUCAAAGGAACAAAACUCAUCUGGAGAUGAAGAGACAGAUGAUCAUGAUGAUGAUGAUUAUGAAGAAGUAGAAGAAGAAGUAGAAGAAGAAACAGAAGAAGAAGCAGAAGAAACAGAGGAAGAAGCAGAAGAAACAGAGGAAGAAGCAGAACAAAAAGAAGAUGAAGCAGAAGAAAAAGAAGAUGAAGCAGAAGCAGAAGAAGAUGAAGCAGAAGAAGAUGAAGCAGAAGAAAAAGAAGAUGAAGCAGAAGCAGGAGGAGAAGGGGAAAGAACACAGAAAGAAGGGGAAAUAGAAGAAAAAUGUCAAAAAGAGAAACAUAGUAAAACAACUGAGGGAGAGAAAAGCAGUAAUACCACAAUGGAAACUGCAGAGACAGAAGAGACUACUCAGAAAGAGACCAUCAUUCAACAGGACAAAGAAAGCACUGACAAUCACACUGUGAAUAAUUCUUCAGAGAACGCUGAUGACCAAGUAACUGGAGGAACUGCUGGGAGGAAAAAGCGAAAGCCACUGACAGGCCAGAAGAAUGAGUGUGGCAGAAAGGAAGAUAGAUCUGGAAAGCCAUCACAGAGUGAACAAGAAAAAGAAAAGGAAGAUGUAUCUGGUGAAGACAGUAAAGAUGAAAACCAGAAUCAUACACUGGAGAAUUCCAGGGAAACUGUGUCUAACCAGGACACAAGGGCAAAAUCUUCUACUUGUAUAUUACUGUAACACUGUUAGAGUAUGAAAGAAUGUGACAUUUUUAAAGCACAUAGUGCAAUUUUUACUUGAAACCACUUUUGACUCUCUGGAGGUGUUGAUGGUUGCAUUGUUGAUUUAUUUGAUUGCUGUGAUUUUAAACAUGCAGACCCUUUUCUUGAUAUUUAUUGGUAAUUUUAAUAGUUGCAACUGAUAUGCUUAUCAGCAUCUUGCUGGAGUUCUGGGGCCUUAACUGCUAGUGUUGUAAAACAAAAUAUAUUUUUUUAUGUGAAAAGUUGAAUACAAGCAUUUCAUGGUUUGGUUAUUUUUUAUUGCUGAAUAAUUUUAUUCUGUUUCAGUCUACAGAAUACCACUUGAUACAUGUACUGAAUCCAGUGUGAUACUCUUGCAAAAUUAUGGUAUUUGAUUUAAGGUGUGUUUUGAUUCAACAAACUAGGUGAAAAUAUUAAAGUUCACAUUUUAAAGCGGGCACUCAGAGGGCACCUAGACAUGUGCCUCCUCUGGUUAAAAAAACAGCAAUAAAACCUUCAAAUUAACAUGUAGGCCAUUAGUGAGGAAGUACUUAAGUAUGUGCCUAAUUUUGUACAUGGCAGCAGUUUCAUUACACUACCUGAGGGUAGUGCAAGUAUGCAAGUGAGUACUCUGCCAAGCUGGGACUUUGAAAAACCUUUCAUUUCUGAGAGAUACUGAACUCCCUUCAUUCCUGCUGAAAACAGCAUAAGCUGAUGAGUCCUUUUCCUCACAGAAUCAGGCCAAAUAAAAACUGGACACCCCACUGUGGCUUCUUUGGGGUUCUAAUCUUAUAUUCUUUGAACAUUCAUACCUUCAUGAGGCUCUAGUGAAGUUUUUCUUAGAAGAAAAUAAUGUUACCAGUUACUAUGGAAUACAUUGGUAUGAUAAACAUCAAUAUGGACUAAAUAUUAGUGUUUUUCUCAUGCAACAUGGCUUUUCUGCAGAUGGAGACUGAACAGCAGGAGAAAUGUAUCCAGUUACUGGUAUGGAUAAGCAGAAUGUUUGUUUUCUGAAUUAGUCCAAGAAGCAGAAGUGACAAGUCCACUAUUCUAAUUGCCAGCAUUCCCUCUAAAUAACAUUUGAUUACUGAAAAUUUGGUCCAAAUGAAUAAGAAAUAUAAACCUAACCAUGAUGAUAUAACCCUUCCCCUGGAGAUAUUCAAGGUGAGGCUUGACAGGGCUUUGGGCAGCCUGAUCUACUUGAGGAUGCCCCUGAUUACUGCAAAGAGGGUUGGACUAGAUGACCUUUGGAGGUCCCUACCAACCCAGACCAUUCUCUGAUUCUAUGGUUCUACGAUUCUAUAAUUCUAUGAAUAUGCUCCAGGGUCUGUGUUUGCCCCUAAACUGAAAACUAAGCAUACUAAAAUAGGCUUCGUUUUUAAGGAUGUACACAAGCUCUAGCUCAUAUAUAAAAUAAAAAGUUACUUCUAAACUCAGUUCUUUUCAGAAUAUUUUACAAGGAACAGAUGAUCUUUGUAGAAAACUUAGGAAAAUGUUAUUUAAUUUCAUUGACAUACACACACAUGUUAAUAUGCCUUUGGACAUAUUUUGCCUUUGCAUUAUUAGUUUUCCUAGUUUGGGAGUUGGUUAAGUUUUAUGUAACAUAGGUAUUUGUCAACUGA